AUGAUACAAUAUUCAAAUUUAGCAACAACGGGAGCAGCGGGAUCGUCGUCGUGCACGGACAUUCGAGCUAACUGCGCGCAAAUGUCAUCUUAUUGCAAUGUGCCGCCAUAUUCGACCGUUAUGAGCCAACAAUGCAGAAGAACUUGCCGCUUAUGCACGUAA